AUGCAUUUCUUCCUUCUCGGAGCCACUGGGCGGACGGGCAAGCACGUCGUGUCCGAGUUAUUAUCCCAAGGUCAUACAGCUGUAGCCCUCGUCCGCGCGCCUGGCAGCCUUCCUUCUCACCCUGGCCUCACCAUCGUCACGGGUUCGCCGUUGUCAAAAUCGGAUAUCAAAGCCGCUCUCUCCGCGGCGCCUUCUCUGACACCUUCUGCGGCUAUCGUCACCUUGAACACGGUCCGGGAGUCUGAAAGCCCUUUCGCGCCCCAGCUCUCUCCUCCUCGCUUCCUGGCCGACUCGUGUGCCAAUCUUUGCGAGGUUCUUGAGCAGGAAGGCAUUAGUAGGAUUGUCUUCAUGUCCACGGCGGGGGUCGGAGACUCCUGGGCCAACCUACCGUGGCUGUCUAAGGCGUUUAUGGGAUGGACUAACAUCAAAUACGCACUCGAGGAUCACAACCUCGUAGAUAAAGAGAUUCGAUGGACAAAAAUGAAUUGGACUCUUGUAAGGGCUUCAAGGCUGGAGUUCGAUGACCUCGAGAAGUCGAAGGAAGCUGACACCGAAGCGGAUGUGGAAACGCUGGGCAGCGCUGGCAUCGGAAUGCGCAUGGCCGACAGCGUCAGUGUUUCCAGUGCCGCGAGGUUCCUGGUCAAGGUUGCAGUCGAAGGACUUUUUAUCAAAAGCGCAGUAGUAAUAAGGAAGUGA